AGGAUAGAUUAGGCAAAACAGUGACUGAAAGAGGCAGAGCAAAAAAAGGUGUUCUAAUUCCUAAAAAGUUUCUGAAAAAAGAAGUUGCAGUUGAAGUGGUAAAACAGAAAGAACCCGAGGAUGCUGAUUUUGCCCUUUAUAUUGAAAAUCAGGGUUAUACAGUUGAUGAUGUAGAAAGAAAAGAAGGAAGAUUAGACAAACUAAGAGAUAAAUAUGAUGGUAACAAAGAAGAUAUUUCUGAUUCUUCCUCUAAUGAAGAUGAAGUUGAAACUAUAGAAAAUAAAACGAAGAGAAUAAUAAGUUUGCCUGAACGAGAUUGA